AUGAUAUCUACACCACUGCGGGCACCAUGGAGAAAACUGCUUUAUGUUAAACAGGAUUACCCUGACAAUUACGUGGACGAAACUUUUCUUGAGGAGCUACAAAAGAAUGCAAAUGUCCGGCAAUACGAAUAUUGGUCCGUCGUUCUCGAGUCAACCAUCAUUAGUCAACACAUCUCAUCUAUUGUCAUCUUUGUAGCUAUUUUCAUCUAUCUUCAUUUCGGGAUGCUUAGCUCGCACGCGCUUAUUACGAUAGGAACUGUUGGCUCAGCUAUUGGAUAUGGAUUUUGGGAUUGGAGUAACACGAUGCUGACGCCGGAUUCCAACUACCAGCGACGGAAAAUCUUCAAGGGUGCAGUACUAUUCUUUCUGACGUUGCUUGGGCUUACCCCGAUCCUCAAGACCUUGACAGAAAAAACUUCAGAAGACACAAUUUGGGCGCUGACAGUGAUAUUGUUUUUAGCAAAUCUAGCGUUUCAUGAUUAUGGAAGUGGUAACAGACGCAAUAUCAAAUAUCCCGGAUCUUUAUCAACCAACGCUGCCAUCUUCGCUUCGGUGGUUUUAGCCUCAAGGUUCAAGACGAAUUUACAUGUGUUCGGACUCAUGUCCUUUGCUGUUGAAUGGUUCGCACUCUUUCCGAUGCUUCGACGGCAAGUGAGGAGCAUAUCCAACCGAGGUAAUCUAGCGCUGACGAUCAUAUUAUUCCUAGCAGCUACGACGCUGUUUAGCCAGAUAUCCCCGGCGAUUGUCGUUAUCUACAUUCUCGGAAUGGCUUUCUUGACAUUUGUCUGUCCGUUCUGGCUAAUUUGGAUUCAGCGAUACAAAAAUGAGAUCCAUGGGCCAUGGGAUGAAGCUCGACCAAAGAUCCAGCACGGACGCUCGUUCGAUUACAACUAA